AUGCAUGCACAUUUUGCCCAACCACAUCAGGCAGCUGCAGCGGCAGCCGUAGCAGCAGCGGCGAUGGCCGUAUCGAAUACAUCGUCAACGUCAUCAACAUCUGAAGCGCAUGCACUAACACCAGUUCAUCAUACAGCAACAAAGACUGAAUGGAUGGAAGCUAUUGAACAACAACGUUUAGAAAGAUCAACAUUGAAUAGAUUAAUUAUUAAUUAUCUUGUCACUGAAGGAUUUAAAGAAGCAGCAGAAAAGUUUGCGGAAGAAGCUGGUAUAUCCUUGAAUAAUAUUGAUUUAACAUCGCUUGAUGAACGUUUACGGAUUCGAGAAGCAAUUGAAACUGGAAGAAUUCAAGACGCAAUUAGUUUAAUAAAUACAAAAGCACCUGAAUUACUUGAUCAAAAUCGACAAUUAGCAUUCCAUUUAAAGCAACAACACUUGAUCGAAUUGAUACGCUCAAACUUAAUAGACGAAGCGUUAACCUAUGCUCAAAUUCAUUUAGCUGAAUUUGCAGAAGAAGAGAUCAAAAUGCGACAAGAAUUAGAAAAGACGAUGGCAUUGCUUGUUUUCGAUAAACCACUAGAAUCUCCUUAUGGUUAUCUAAUGCAAAUAUCUCAUCGGCAACAAGUUGCUAAUGAAAUCAAUAGUGCAUUGCUUAUUUAUCAAAAUGAUGAAUCAGAAUCAGAUUUAUCCAUGCUUGUUCGAAUGGCUACCUAUAUGCAAGAAAAACUAGAUAAUAAACAAUUACGUUAUCCCAAAUUGGUUGAUAUUGCUGGCGGAAAAUUAGAAGACUCAUAA